AUGGAGAAAGUUGUUAGCACAUCUAGAAAAGAUUGGGUGCAGCGACUGGACGAAGCUCUUUGGGCAUAUCGUACUUCCUAUAAAACACCCAUUGGAAUGUCUCUAUAUGUGCUAGUAUUUGGAAAAGCUCGCCAUCUACCACUGAAGUUGGAGCAUAAAGCACAAUGGGCACUUAAGAAGCUGAACUUAAAUUUAUCCAGCGCAGGGGAAGCCAGGAAACUACAACUGAACAAGUUGGCUGAAUGGCGUUUUACCGCAUAUGAGAAUGCCAAGCUAUACAAGGAGCAGACAAAAAGAUGGCAUGACGAUAAAAUCUGUAAGAAAAAUCUAGUUGUAGGGCAACAAGUUCUAUUAUUUAAUGCUUACCUUCUUUUUUUUCCAGGAAAACUCAAAUCAUGGUGGUCUAGCCCUUUUAUCAUAAGAAAUAUCUUUCCGCAUGGAGCAGUAGAGCUAGCUAAUGAAGAUGGAAGUAAUGACUUUAAGGUUAAUGGUCAACGCAAUAAGUCUUAUUACGGAGGCGUGGUAGAUCGCAAUAAGGAGACCAUUGAUCUGGCCGGGCAAGCUUGA